UAAUUAAGGAUUUGAAACAUCAAAGCUUCUUCAUGGAAAGAGACAUGAAAAUGUUGAGUAAAAACAACAAUGUUGAAGAUUAUGGAAAUGAAGAUGAUGGAUUAAUAAUGUGUAGUUGGCCUCCAAGAUGUUACACAUGUAGUUUUUGUAAAAGGGGAUUCAAAUCAGCUCAAGCACUUGGUGGACAUAUGAAUGUUCAUAGAAGAGAUAGGGCCAAGUUCCUCAUGAUGAGACACCACUCACCAACAACAACAACAAAUGAUAAACCUAGGUGUUCUCUUCUAAAUCUCAACACUAACCCUAACCCUAAUAUUCCACCGUCGUCAACGUCACCGCCGCCAUCACCUUCUUCUUCAAGAAAACUCUCUCAUUGUAGUCAUGGUGGUGCUAAUUCUCAUGAAAUCAUGAGGAAAUGUGUUGUAAUUCCAAACUUGAAAAGUAGUACUACUACCAAAGACUCUUUAUGCAUGCAAGACAAAGAAUUUGUGAGAUUGGACUUGCAAAUUGGCUUGUUUACUGAAUCCAAGCAAGAAUUGGAUCUGGAACUUCGACUAGGAUACACUUAGCUAGACCAUGUUAGAAUCAAACGCGCGCGUAAGAAGGGUGCGACUAUAUUUCUUUAACUUAUAAGUCUGUCUCAUGUUUGAACAUGCGAUUAUAUUUCUUUAACUUAUAAGUCUUCUGUCUCAUGUUUGAUCAUGACUCCGACCUGAAUUACUUAACUUCAACUCCUUUGUGGGUUUUGCUAUAGGCAAGUUUUUUGGCGUUACCCAACCAACCAAAUUUUUACAGCUAUGUACUCGCUAAUUUUAUUUUUAUUUUUUUGUCUACUUAAAUUCUAUUCAUCUCCAUGUAAUUAA